AUUUCAGUGACCUUGCAGAAACGGUACAUUUUUGAGGUAGACUGGAUAUUAGAUUUUCCCGACACGCAAGUCUCUCGUCUUCUUCACAACCGCACAACAAAGAAAUCAAACCAGCGUCGCCUCCUCCUCCUCCUCCGCCUCCAAGUCUUCUAGGGUGGUGAUUAGGGCCGCGUCCCCUGCGCGGAUUGCAGUCAUAUGCGGGAGAUGGUUUGUUCCCUGGGUAGUUAGACCUACUCUGUUACUUCUUUUCUUGGUGACACUGUUCCCUAUCUGCCAUAGCAAGAUGGUGUUUUCGAAUUCCGUCAGCGGGGCUCAAUCAGGUGUAGCACCUGCACCGGUUAGUGGUGGGGGAAUUAGCCAGAAUGCCAAGUUCAGUUAUGGUUAUGCAAGUUUUCUAGGGAAGAGGCCCUCGAUGGAAGAUUUUUUUGAGGCAAGAACGGAUGUUGUCAAUGGAGAAAUUGUUGGUCUCUUUGGGGUCUUUGAUGGUCAUGGUGGUGCUCGAGCAGCAGAGUAUGUGAAACAAAAUCUUUUCAGCAAUUUGAUUCAACACCCAAAGUUUUUCACUGACACCAAAGCAGCUAUAGCCGAUACAUACACACGGACAGACUCUGAAUUUCUUAAAUCAUCUGAGAAUAGUCAGAAUCGUGAUGCUGGCUCAACUGCAUCUACUGCUGUCCUUGUUGGUGAUCGCUUGAUGGUUGCUAAUGUUGGGGACUCUAGGGUUGUUAUAUGUAGGCGAGGCAAAGCUAUAGCUGUCUCAAGAGACCAUAAGCCUGAUCAAACAGAUGAAAGACGACGGAUUGAAGAAGCUGGUGGCUUUGUGAUGUGGGCUGGGACAUGGCGUGUUGGUGGUGUUCUUGCGGUUUCUCGAUCAUUUGGUGACAGACUCUUGAAACAGUUUGUUGUUGCAGAUCCAGAAAUACAGGAGGAGGCAGUUGAUGGCUCCCUCGAAUUCCUUAUACUUGCAAGUGAUGGACUUUGGGAUGUUGUCACAAACGAGGAUGCUGUUGCCAUGGUCCAAUCCAUAGAGGAGCCAGAACAAGCAGCAAGGAAGCUGAUGCAGGAAGCUUAUCAAAGAGGCAGUGCUGACAAUAUAACUUGCAUCGUCGUGCGUUUCUUGGCGAAUGAUGCUAACCCUGCAGCAGAGUUACAGGCGAGUGUUGGUAACUCUGCGGCAGAGUUACGGUAGAAUUGAAUUUAGGCGAUGUUGUUACCAAGCGAUACAGAGAGCUGGGAGACAGCAAAGCUCACUCGGGCAUUGAGAAGCUCAUUGAUGCUAUGGAUCGCCACUAGGGUUAAAGUCAAUAAACUUGUCUCACUUGUGAGGACAUAUAUAGUAUCAAAAUUUUAGAAAGUCGUGUGUCGAUAUCCACUGCAGUCUCGUUAGAAUAGUCUGAUGAGCUAUUAUGGCUGCAGACUCAUAAUAUAAACUAUUGAAUGCAUCUAUAGAGGUCGCUUGUAGCAUAAUCGUUGACGAAUAUGUCAUGCCUUCAUUACUACACUGAAUUCUUCAAA